AUGACUGCCAUGGUGUACGAGCGGAGAGCAGCAGGUGUUGUUUAUCUUGACCUCAGUAAGGUUUUCAACACUGUCUCCCAUAACACCCUCAUUGACAAACUGAUGAACGAGAUCAGCCUACAACGGUUCCAGGAAGUUCAAGCAGGCAUAAAGGACUACCAACACUCGGAUGAUCACCAUGUGCCUUGCUGCAAAACAGACACUUUCCAGACAAUUCAAGAGAAGCAGAGGAUUAAAACUGCUCUUCUAAAAACAGCAUUGGUACUACCUCGCGUGAUCGCCAUCGCCGCUCGCUUCGGAAACGCCUUCACGCUGGCUUUUCCCGAGCUCGCUCGCGUGCUGCCCCCCACCCGGUGCUCACAGCCAGCUGGCAGGCGUGGCGGGAGCCUCGGCGGCCGUGCCCCUUCCCGCUGUGACCCCGACCUCGGGCCGGAUAUGUUCUGCGAUUUCAAUGGCAAGAAGUACAGCCCGGGAGAGAGCUGGCACCCCUACCUAGAGCCUCAGGGGCUGAUGUACUGCAUCCGCUGCACCUGCUCCGAGAAUGCCAACAUGAGGUGCUAUCGGAUCCAGUGCCCGGCUCUGCAGUGUGCUAGCCCUGUCACAGACCCCCAGCAGUGUUGCCCACGGUGUGUCGAGCCAAACUCACCUUCUGGCCUCCGGGCGUCUGUGAAGUCCUGCCAGUACAAUGGGACGACGUACCAGCAAGGCGAGAUGUUCACCACGAGCGAGCUCUUUCCCAGCCGCCAGCCAAACCAGUGUGUGCAGUGCAGCUGCUCCGAAGGCCAGAUUUACUGUGGCUUGGUGACCUGCCCUGAGCUGUUGUGCUCCUCUCCCCUGACCGUGCCAGAUUCCUGCUGCCAGGUCUGCAAAGAUGGCUCAUACGAGAAGUCCACAGAAGAGGAACCCCUGCAGUUAAACAGAGGUGUUAGGCACUCGCAAGACCAGUGCUCAGGAGAAGCAACGGGCAGGAAGCCACUUGGAGCCACUGCGUCCACCAUUCUCAGUUCAUCCCUGGAGUUCAUUCCCAGGAGCUUCAAACCCAAGGGAGGAGGUGGCACCACCGUCAAGAUCGUCUUGAAAGAGAAGCACAAGAAAGCUUGUGUUUAUAAUGGGAAGACCUACUCCCAUGGGGAAGUGUGGCACCCUGUGUUCCGGCUCUACGGCCUCCUGCCCUGCAUCCUGUGCACUUGCAGGGAUGGUGUCCAGGACUGCCAGAAGAUCACGUGCCCCAAGGAGUAUCCGUGUGACUAUCCAGAGAAAGUAGAUGGGAAAUGCUGUAAAAUAUGUCCAGAAGCCAGAGUGAAACCCACUGAUGAAAUAAUCACCACCCAGUGCGGCAAGAACCCCAACCGCAUCCUGGUGUACAUGUUCGUGCCGUCGAGCUCGGAGACCUCCAAGGAGAUCCUCAGGACAAUUGCAAUCGAGAAGGAGCCGUCAGAAGAAGUGGAAAUCUACAACUGGAAGCUGAUUAAAGGGAUAUUUCAUUUGAUACAGACCAAGAAGAUCAGCAAACAGGAAUUCAAGCAAGAAGCACAGAACUUCAGGCUGAUCACCAGGACAAACGAAGGUCAUUGGAACAUCUUCCGAGCCCAAACGUCAGACGUGAAGAUGACAGAGAGUCCAGAGAAGGAAACAAAGAACUUAUAA